AUGGCGGCAUAUACGACAAUACUCGCCGUUCUCCUUUUCGUCUCCCAAAUUAGCAUCAGUAAAGCGCGGCAUCUCAGUAUUCCACUACCCACUCUGGCAGCAAAGCUGCCUCUACGCAAUGGAACGGAAUUCGACAAACGCGCUGAUGUACAGACAGAAAUGUCUACCUGCGGGUAUCAAAACGGCGACCCCAAUAAGUUCCGCACCGCCAACCCUGGUUUCGACUGUCGAGUCGAUACUGCGAAUGGCCUCUGGGGUUUCUGUCCAGUCACUGUUGUAGCAGCUACCGACUGCGGCUUGGCUGGAAGCUGUGUCGACCAAGGCUCAUGCUCAGAUGGAUGCGGCAAAACCGACAACCCCAGGUUGACUACAUUUACUUGUAAAUCGAAGCAAUUCUGCUCUACCGCCCUCUUGACAUUUGGGGUCGACCAGACGUACUCUUAUAUUGGCUGUGGCGGGAGCCCCAAGACGGAUCACUAUCUCAUUACACCCACCGCGAUUUCUACUCCAGCCAGCCCAGCCUCGGAGACUACGUCAACACCGACUGUGGCGCAGACGACGACGAGUGCAUCUUCAAUGUCAACAAAUGCAGGGCCUACAAAUGGAACCAAUGGCGGCAGUGGCAACAACACCAGCAACGGUGCCUCUUCUACAAACAAUACAGGAGCAAUCGUCGGUGGCGUCAUUGGUGGCCUUGCUCUGCUGUGCAUCUCCGGCAUUGUUGCUAUCCUGCUUUUGAGGAGGAAUCGACCACAUGGCAGCCAGACGCCAACCAAGGGGCCGCACAGAGAUACCAAUCAGUCUUGGUACGAUCCGAGACCCGAAACCAAGCAUCGCUUCACGGGCGGCUGGGGACCUAGAGAACUGGAAGGCUCGCAGAAUGAAAGAAGCCCCGAUCAUGCGAUAGAACUACCCGGCUGA